AUGAAAUUAAGAACUCCACUUUCCUCAAAGUCAUCUUCAAUUAAACAUUCACCAAAGCCAUCCCAAGAUUUGCAGCUAUUGCAAGAGUUUAUGAGAUUUAGCCCGAAGGCCACAACAAAAGAUUCACUUAUAAAGCCAAACAAAAAAUUAAAUCGUUUGAAUUCAGAUGGGAACAUUCCUGACAUCUAUACUUCAUCUCAGGCAGCAAAUAAAAUACUUUGUCUAGAUCGAGCAAAAACCUCUCGAAACUUAAGCUCAUAUCAAAGUAUAUCAUAUUUGCCUGAAAAAAUCUCGAAACCUAUUCCAAGACAAAAAACAAUAUUACUCGACACUUUAGGAUUUACCCCAGAGAAGCCUGAACAUAGACUUCCUUUAAAUCUAAAGCAGCUUGGAAAAUAUUCACAAAAAGGAAGCAUGCCCAGCAGUGGAUGCUGCUCUCCUACAUCAGAUCUAAAAAGGUUUGAAUCUGAAAAUUAUGAUUUUGGGUUGCCUGCAAGCAGAAAAGAUGCUGAACUGCUUGUAGAAUGGGUUGAUGUCAUGCUUUCUAAAGCACUACAAGAGCAGAAUGAUGACCCUGACAAGCUAUUUGAAAGUACUCAUAUGAUUUAUUCAACCUGUCUUAAUGAAAUAAUCCGACAAGUAAGUGUUCAAUGCAAAGAAAGAGGGAUGCUCAUGGGAAAGGUCUGAAACGCCUAUCAAGCUUUAUUUGAAAAAGCCCUCAGCAUCAGCAAAUCAAAACUUGAAUUGGUAGAAGAGCGGUAUAUUAAUGACAGGAACCGCAUUCACAGAAUGUAUGGCGAGCAAGUAAACGAGCUUGAAGAAAAGGUCAAAACUUUAAGCGAAUCAGUCCAGCCACUAAUGGAAGAGCUUGCAGCUAAAGAAGAAAUUAUAAGAACUAAAAACUUAAAAGAAGAAAAAAUCGGACAAAGGGUCGAAAUUAUCCAAGAUCAUUAUAAAGAAAUCAAAAAAGAAGUGCUGAUUCUUAGAGAAGAAAAUAGAGUCUUAAAAGCAAAAAUCGAGAACACUGAGGUAGUUUAUGAAGAGGACACAAAUGGAAACUUGAGAAGGAGGAAAAAGACACAAAAAAAAAUUAAACCUAAAAAUGAGCAAGAUAUUGAAAAUGUUUUAAAAAGCGACCCUGUGCUGGAAAAUAUACAGGAGGUAAAUAUAAAUGAAAAUAUAGAAGCAUUGUCAAAGAAAAUUAAGAUUAAUGAAAAAUGCGAAAGAGAUAUGUUCCAGCAAGAUGAUUUUAAAGAUGCAGAAACUGAGAUGCCAAGAGUUGAUUAUGCAGAUAAAGAAAUAAUGACUGAUGUGCAAGAUCUUUGUGGUGAUAGCAUCGGAAUUAAGAAAAGAAGAGCUAAACCGUCUCAGACACUUGCAGUAGAUGGGGUCAGCAAAAGAGAUGACGAUGUCGAAAUGUUUUUCAAUCAAAUUGCAAAAGAAGAAGACGAUGUCCUCAUUGUUGUUGGAAAAGAUGACGACCCUGAAGUCCACGAAAUGAAGAAAAAGCAUAAUCAUAUUAAAAAGCUUGUCUAUACUUUACGAGAAGAAAUCUUUGAAGAAAUGAAUUUCGAAGACAUGCCCCACUCAAAGCUUUUAAACUUGCUAUAUAAAAGCUUCAACCAAGCACUAAAAGUCCUUUCAAACCAUCCUUUAGAGUCUCUACCAGACACCAUCAAAGAAAGUGAGGAAAUCACAGAUGAAGAAGCCAACUUCAAAAGAAAGCAAAGACUUUUAGAAACAAUUAUAUAUGUAGAAGACGAAAAGAAAGUUAUCAGAGACACUGCAAGAGAAGCCCUAGCUACAAUAAAACGAGUUAUCGCGACUCCAGUCCAUAAACUCAAAAAUGUCAUGUUCAAAAAAAUGCUACUUAAAUUAAUCACACAAUUUUAUGAAGACAAGUAUUGGUUGAGCCUCCUUUUGACUGGGGCUAUACUGACGUCGGAGGGAGUUUUUUUUUUUACCAAUAUUUGUUGAUAAAGCCAAUUCCCAGAUUAAAAAUCCACUGUAUAUUGGAGAUUUGCCAUCUGGGAGCUGGCUUUACAACAAAUGUUGGCAAAACCAACUCCUCGUCCAACGUCAGUAUAGCCCGAGCUAAAAUGAGGCUCGGGCUAUAUAAGGACUCUGAAGAAAAAGAAGAAGAAUUUGGAGUCUAUGUAUUUCAAGCUUUAAUUAAAAAGUUCAUAAUGAAAAAAGCUGCGGAAAACAGAUUUAACCAUUUAUUAUCAAGCUGCAUGAAGUAUAAAUCAAUAAAAAGGGUCAGAGUUUUCGCUAGAUUUAUCGGACUCUAUGAGCCAUAUGAUUCAGAAGACUUGAAAUUUUAUUUAGAGUGCCUCAAUUUCCUCAACAAUUCUCUAUCAGGCAAAAUGGUAUCCAACAAUGAAAGCGCAGAAAGCAUUAAGGUACCGUUUGUGAGGUGCGUUGAGUGUAUAAAACAUUUUGAAAAGCGCAUUCCUAGAGAAGAAAUAAACAAUCUCAAAGAGAAAAUAGAAAAAUUCAAAGAGCAGGAUAAACAGAACAAGAAUGGAGUCAUAGAUGUUGAUACCUUCCUUGAAUUUUUGGUUGAUUUAUAUCAUGCAAAUAAGCAAGACCAUAUGAAUUUUAUGAGAUGUAUAUAUGAAGCUGCAGAUUUAAAUGAAGAUGGCUAUUUGGAAAAAAAAGAGUUUGAAUUAUUACUCACUCCCCCCCCCCCCCCUCCGUGAGCGAACAAAACCAUUAGAAAAAUCCCUAUUUUUUUGGUCAAAAACCCACCCUCCGUGAGCGAACAAAAAAUUUUUUUACAUAUAAUUUUAUAUAUAGUUUAUUAUAUCUAUAUUUAAUACAAAUAAAGAGGAUAAUAUUGAAAAAUAAUUAUUAAGUUUGUUUGAUAUAUUAUUCAAAGGGUUAAAAAAAAAAGAAUACCAUAAGUGAAAAGGUUGAAUUUAACAAUUUUAAAUUUAAGACAAAAAAAUGAAUAGAAGAAAUCGAUUAGAUAAUUAACUUCUUCAUAUUAACUUGAUGGCUGAAAAUCUUUGGAUGAUUAACGCCAUAAGAACCCGUCAACUCAAAUGAUUUUCUGACAAGUUGAGGGCUUACAGCAUCUCACGCCUUUGAAGCAAUGUUUAUCAGUUGCUGGCGAUCAAGAGCUUUGAGGUUUCCAGUUCUUUUCGAUCUUCUUUCAAUCUGCUCUGUUUUGGAAUUUGAUUCUGAAAUCUGUUGUUUUUGAUUUGAAAUUUGCAAUUACCAGUGCGUCAAGUGGUUGCAAAUACUUUGUGCACCCUCCAGGGAUCACAAUUUUGGUUGCAUCUAAAUCUGAAAUUGCAUUAGAAAUCAUGAUAGUUUUAUGACUUCCAGCCUGAUCAUAAAUCAGCAGUUGGUUUUCUCGUCUCAAUAUUGUUCUGAGGUAGUCAUUAAGAAUCUGGUCAGAAAUGUAGCCAGAUUUAUUUGAUUUUAUGAUGACAUUUUCUGGAAUAUUCAGUCUUUCUCUUACAAGGUUCGGGAUCUGGCCAUUUUUCUCUUGAAAAAUGAGCAAAGCAGGCAUUUUUUCUCCAUCAGCUCUAAUCAUAAGCAUAACAGUGAUAAAAUGGUUCAUUUUAGCUGAUUGAACGCCUAGAAUUCGUUGAGUUCCCUUGAAAUCAUAAGUGAACUUGCUUUUUACAUCUCAAUCAAAUCUCGUUUCAUCGAAAUUGUAAAUGUUAGAUGGAACGAAUUGAGGAAGCAAUGACGCUAAAUCAUCUAGGUAUUGCCUGACAAGUUCUGCCUCUUUUUCGAUUGGCUUAAUGCUUGAGGCAUUGAUUUUUCUGAAAGAUAUAAUUAUUUCUGGUCCUAAAUCCUUGCCACCAUUACCUCCACAGCCGAAUCGCGCCAAUCCCAUUUCUGCCGCCAAACUUUUUGCUUUCUCCUCAAUCGUUGAUCUGAGAACCUGAAUACCUUGCUCACGGAUUGCAGUAAACCAAUGAACUAGUUCUUUCUCUAGCUCUGGAAAUUGAGUGAAGCUUUCUAAUUUUAAUUUUUUAUCAGAUUUUACUGAUUUCUUCAACUCAUCAAGCUUAUUCACCCAUUCGGAAAUCGAGCUAAAGGAGUUGACAUGAAACUUUGCAGCAACAUCUCUCAUGCUCAUCUCAUUUUGGUGUUGAAUGUAAAAUUCAGCAAUUUCAACUUUCUGCCAAAUUUUCAAUGUACUUUCUUUUCCCUUUGUACAUUUUUAUUAUGAUUUAUAGAGAAUUUGCUUAUUAUAUUAAAUAAGAAAAAUAUAAAAAAUAUUUUAACUGAAUGCAUAUAUUUAUUACUAAUAGGUUUAUUGAUUAUUAAAUUAUUGAAAAAUUAAGCUGUGUUUUACCUUUAAUCAAAUGGUAUUCUUUUUUUUUUGGGAAAUUCCCUUACUCUCCCCCCAUAAUAUUUUUAAAAUAAUUUUCAACUUAUAAAAAAAUAUUAUUUUACAAUUAAAAAUUUAUAUAUAAUUUUUUUUUUAAAAAAUAAAAAAUUAACCCCCCUCCGUGAGCGAACAAAAAUUUUUUGUUCGCUCACGGAGGGGGGGGGGGGAGUCAGGCAUGUGUCCUGUGUGAAAUUUUCACCUAAAUUGGCAAAGCAGCUAUUUGAUGCCUAUUGUGAAUCGUUCUCAUCAGAUGAGGAUGAAAAUGUCAAAGCAAUUUCCUUUGAAAACUUGUGCGAGUUAAAUACAAAGCAUCAAGUAUUUACAUUAGAAUCAAUGCUAAAGCUAGCUGAGGUGAUAACUCAGCCGGAAGCUGAUGCUAAAUUGAAAGAAGUUCAGCACGAUCUUGAAGACUAUAUAACUGAGAUAUAUUGGAGAUUCAGCGAGUCUACUGUAUAUGAAGACCAUCUUGAAGAAAUACAUCACCUUGUUGAAGCAUUAAGAUAUAAAAUGCGAGUAUAUAGCAAGCCUGAAGGUGUGUGACUUGGGUUCAAGAUUCUGGAAGAAGAAUCUAAAAGGGUUAUAAUAAGCCAGAGACUUAGAGAGUCACUUCCAUUGAUUGGCCAAUGUAUUUUAGAAGAGGAGCUUUAUUAA